CAGUUAGCAAAACAUAGUUAGGCAGCGAAAGGUUAUCUAAUUAGGUGUGCGACUUAAAGAAGCUCAGGAUCAGGAAGGAGAGAGGCUAUUCAUUCUGGGCAUUCCCAUGAAAGAGCAUCGUCAGAUUCAGAUGUAUAGCCUAAUUGAUCUACGUUUUGUCAUGCCAACCAACCGCGUUCCUACCUGCCUUCGUCGUUCCAGUAUAAAAAAGUCAGGGAAGGCAAAUGCGCCCUCCGUUUUUCUUCAACACUGUUUCUAGAAUUAUAUUUUGCUCCCGUGUGUGUGUGUGUCAAUAUAUAUAUACAUAUAUAUCUAUACACACAUGAUUCGAUUCCGCUUUCAAGGGCGAAGCUUUACGAUGAGAAUGCAUAAAUUAAGAGAAAAGUGAAUCAGAGAUGCAAGGGAGUCCCAAAAAGAUAGCCAUGCCCUUUGCCAAAUGGGUUUCAUGUCUUGAUUGGCGUUGGCUGCUGUUUAUAGGUUCUCCUCUCUUUCUUUUCGUCGUCUUCUUCUCCACAUCUUUCCCUUCUACCCCUUUGAGCUCUCUUUGGCCGCUCCGCCGCUUUAUUAUCAGCCAUGCCUUUCAAGGCAAUUCCACCUUCAAUGGGGAUUUUCUCUCGAAGGACCAGUUGGUGGUGCGGUCCAGAAUAGCAGUGUGUCUGGUUGGUGGGGCUAGGAGGUUCGAGCUCACUGGACCCUCCAUUAUCGACAACAUUCUGAAGCAAUAUCCCAACUCCGACCUCUUCUUGCACAGCCCGCUCGACAAAGAUGCCUUCAAGUUCUCUCUCUUGAAGAAUGCGCCCAGGGUUGCUUCUGUACGCAUCUUCCAGCCUCAGCCCUUGCCGCAGACCGAAUCUGAGACUCGAGUUCUCACCGCACUCAAUUCUCCCAACGCCAUCCAGGGACUGCUCCAAUAUUUCAAUCUGGUAGAAGGAUGUCUCACGAUGAUAAAAAGUUACGAGGCGAAGAAAAAUUUCAAAUACGAUUGGAUAGUCCGAACAAGAGUGGACGGGUACUGGAAUCGCCCGCUGGACCCUGAACACUUCAUCGCCGGUGAGUACGUGGUGCCGGAGGGAUCAUCGUACGGAGGGCUGAAUGAUCGGUUAGGGAUUGGAGAUCAGAGAACAUCAACGGUGGCCCUGUCACGUCUCUCGCUGAUACCGGCGUUAGAUUCCGCGGGAUUCCACAGUCUCAACUCAGAGACGGCCUUCAAAGCCCAGCUUACGACGCACGGGGUUUCAUAUGUGACGAAGAGACUGCCUUUUUGCGUCGUUUCGGAUCGGAGGUACGAUUUCCCGCCGAGCGAGUUCGGCGUGCCGGUGGCUGCGUUGUCGAGCCCCGGUCCUCUGAGCGGAGCGAAAUGCAGGCCCUGCAGGGCCGCUUGUAAAGGGGAGUGCGCGGAGAGAGCGAUGGCGGUGUUGAACAGAGGGUGGAGUUGGACCCGUUUGGAGAAUGGGAGCCUCCGUCUCUGUAACGCUUCGGGAGGCUGGGAAGAGGGAUGGCAGGCUCGAUUCGAUAAAGUCGCCGGAAAAAAAUUUGCAGCAACGAGGAAGCGUAUUCAAAGUAUGAAACUGGAAGAUUGCCUUCGAGAUUUCAAAAUACUCCAAAAACGGGCAGUCACGUGGGACGCGCCGCCGGCGACUGAAAUUUGUACGUUGGGUUUGGCCCACACGUGAACGUGUAUAGAGUAAUUCUCUUCCUUUUUCUUAUUCCUUUUCUUUUUCUGUAAUGACGACCGUGAAAUGGUUUCCUGUGAAUUAAUCCCUUCCAGAAAACGCUAAAUAGUAAACAUUGAUUGGGGAUUGACUGGCUGUACAGGGUUGGCCUUGUUGAUGGCUUAAAGGGCAAUGUCACGAUGGGAUAAAGUUGUUUUGUUGA